GUCCGAUUUGUAUAGUAUGACGGGUCAAAUGGAUCCGGACCGGGCUGGUCCGAAUAGGAAUAAAAAACCCCAAGUCCCUAAACCUAAAAAACAGACACCAGCGGCAGCACGCAACAAAAACUGAAAAACACGAGACCACCGCAGUCAUCACUCGCGACGUGAGACGGCGAGACCUCCACCUCCUCACCGCUGCCUUGCUGCGCCGCCGCGACGCGAGAGUGAAAGACGGCGAGACCUCCGCACCGCUGCGCCGCCACUAGAGCUCCUCGCCCUCACCCUCGCGAGACCCCCUCAUUCCUCAUUCAGUCUCAGACUCUCAGCACCUCACCGGCGCCGUUAGAGACAGUUCUCGUUGGACCUCACCCUCUCAUCCUCACGGACCUCGCCGCCAUUGAUCCUCAUCUUCACGGACCUCAGGAAUGCCAGAACGCAAACCAGUUGUUGGGUUAUCAUGGCAACCACAGUUGCCUAUUCCAUCAUCAUUAAAAGCCACUGAUGGGUCUCACACCAAACCUCAAACUGAGGCAUCAAGCACUGUUAGGAAAUCCAGUUCAGAGCUGGUUGAUGGCCUUUUUGUCCCUCCAAAUGAUCCCAAAAAAUUAAACAAGUUACUGAGAAAGCAAGCUAAAGAUACUGCUGGGAAAAAUUGGUUCAAUAUGCCAGCCCAAACCAUCACCCCUGAGUUGCAGAAAGAUUUGAAGUUAUUAAAGUUGAGGGCUGCCCUUGAUCCAAAGCGGCACUACAAGAAAGGUGAUUCCAAAUCGAAGACACUUCCCAAAUAUUUCCAGGUUGGGACAGUUGUAGAUUCUCCGUUGGACUUUUUCUCAGGCAGAUUAACAAAGAAGGAGAGGAAAGCAACGCUUGCAGAUGAGCUGCUUUCUGAUCAAAACCUUGCAGCCUAUAGGAAGCGGAAGGUUCGAGAAAUUGAAGAACAAAAUCGACCAGCUGGGAAUGAAAAGUGGAAGAUUAAGGGUAGUAAUUCCCGUAAGCGAGCUAAGGAAAGGAGGAUUUACUGAAGAUUAAGGGUAGUAAUUCCCGUAGGCACAAAUUAUAAUGCUUUUUGCAGUUUAGAAUUAUUACAGGUUAUUUGAAAUACCUUAGCUGUAAAACCUAUUGAUGAUGCUAUGUGUUCUUCUAUCGUGUUUCAUAUUGUCAUCUUUGUUCACAUUAUAAAGAUUUAGGGGAAAUUGCACUCACCUUUCCACACG